CGUAGGGGCAGCCGGGAGCCGUCCCCGCCGGCGCGGGGGAUUGAGCAGCAGCAGCAGCAACAGCAACUGGCACAGCCGCUUGCCGAACAGCAGCCGCCGUACCAGCAGCUGCUGCAGCAACAACCGCUGCUACAGCUGCAUGCUCCGCAGCACCUCCUGCAAGUGCAACAGCUGUUCUUGUUACAGCAGCAGCAGCUAUUGCAGCAGCAGCAGUUGUUGCAGCAGCACCCACAACCGCCGCAGCAGGUGUGGACUGGCAUCCCGGGAGCAGCGGCCGCUGCUACUGCUGCGGAAGCCCAAGCUGAGGCAGCCGCAGCAAGGGCAGAAGCUGAGGCCGCGGCGAAAGCAAGGGCAGAAGCGGAGGCCGCGGCAAAAGCAAGGGCAGAAGCGGAGGCGGCGGCGAAAGCAAGGGCAGAAGCGGAGGCGGCGGCGAAAGCAAGGGCAGAAGCGGAGGCGGCGGCGAAAGCAAGGGCAGAAGCGGAGGCGGCGGCGGAAGCAAGGGCAGAAGCGGAGGCGGCGGCGAAAGCAAGGGCAGAAGCGGAGGCGGCGGCGAAAGCAAGGGCAGAAGCGGAGGCGGCGGCGAAAGCAAGGGCAGAAGCGGAGGCGGCGGCGAAAGCAAGGGCAGAAGCGGAGGCGGCGCCGAAAGCAAGGGCAGAAGCGGAGGCGGUGGCAGCUGAGGAGGCAAGGGCGGAAGCGGCGGCCGCGGCAAAAGCAAGGGCAGAAGCGGAGGCGGCGGCGAAAGCAAGGGCAGAAGCGGAGGCGGCGGCGAAAGCAAGGGCAGAAGCGGAGGCGGUGGCAGCUGAGAAGGCAAGGGCGGAAGCGGCGGCCGCGGCAAAAGCAAGGGCAGAAGCGGAGGCGGCGGCGAAAGCAAGGGCAGAAGCGGAGGCGGAGGCGAAAGCAAGGGCAGAAGCGGAGGCGGCAGCUGAGACACGCGCAGCAGACGAGCAAGAGGCACUGGCGGAUGCAGAUAUGGGUGCACCAGGAGGACCCUGGGCGACUGACGCUGCGGCAACAGCGCCGCCAGGCAACAGAUCCAAAGCACCAUCAUCAUCAGGUGACCAUCAUCACCAGCGUCUGAAGCCCAUGCCCCCUCCGAUCCCUGGCCCCCGUGGCGUGGCCCGCAAAGUCGGUCCUGCCGGGCCUCGGGGUCGGAAGCGAGCAGCUAGCCCGCCGCCUGGAGAGGAGGAGCAGCAACAGCGGCAAUCCGAGCCUUCACCUGAGCAGCAGUCGCCCAAUGGGAGAGAUGUACGGCAGCACGCGCGGUCUUCCGGUGAGGGUGAGGGCAUUCCCGAAGCCGGCGCUGUGCAGCCCAUGCGGCCGCCCAAGAGGGCACGUCGCGGCAAGGGCGGCAAAGCAGAGCAGCAUGAGGAGGUAGCGUCGCAUGCAGCGGAGGGUGCUGCGGAGGAGAGGAAGGGCCGCACCAGCCCGCCGGUGGAUGCCAUCGCAGCAGCAGCGGCGGCGGCGGCGGCGGCGGCAGGAAAACGUGUCAUGGUGCCAGCAGCAGCAGCAGCCGACACACCGGUGGUGGAGGAGGUGGAGAAGGAGCGCACACCGCCCAUGGAGUAUGAGGAGGCAGCGGCCCCGGUGCCGCCACUGCCGCCGCCGCGGCCCUCUCGAACCCCAGCGGCCAAGCGCGCGGCACGGAAGUCACGCGGUGGCAGUGAAGCCGCCUUAGCCCCCGCCGCCGCCGCCCCCGCAGCAGCAGCAGCAGCAGGCGGUAGCUGCCCCGGAGGUGGGGCUGCGACGGCGGCUCCACCUGAGGCACCAGCUGGGCUACAAGGACAAGGAAAUGGACAGCGUCGCGGCAGCGGCACUGCAUCGCCGCCUGAGCCAGCUUCACCGCAGGUUCGGUCUCGCCCGCCCAGCGGAGGCGGCACCGCCGCUACCACCACCGCCACACGCCGCAGGCGCGGCGGUGUCAGCAGCAUUAGCCAGGUAGCAUCGCCCGGAAGCGGUGGCGGCGCCGAAGGCGCCGCCGCCGCCGCCGCCACUGCUAACGCUGCCGCCGCAGGCAGCACUGCUAGCGGUGUUGUGGUGUCCAUCAGUCGCAACAUCCCGGAACGUGAGCGCAGUGGCCUGGCAGCAGCCGUGUCGCGGCUGGGCGGGCGCGUGGCUGACGACGAGGAGGCUGACGGCGGCGGCUUCACGCACCUGCUGCUGGCUCGAGGCAACCUGAAGACCAGCAUGAAGGUGCUGGCGGCGCUGGCGGCGGGGCGGCCGCUGCUGGACGCCGCGUGGCUGCAGGCCUGCAAGGCGGCGGGCAUGUGGCUGGAGCCGCAGCCGGAGCACGCGGCGAUGGAUGCCAAGGCGGAGAAGCAGCUGAAGUUUUGUAUUUGGGAGGCCUACAUGGCGGCCAGACGGUCGGGGCCAAUGCUGCAGGGUCGUACAUUCUACGCCACGCCGCUACGAGCCCAAGAAGACGCCAAAAUGGCCUCCACAGCUGCUGGGGGCGGCGCUCCCGGAUCGGCCGCCAAGGCCGGCGCUGCUGCCAAGCCGGCUGGCAGGCGCGCCAGCGCCGCCGCUGCCGUUGAUACCGUUGACCGCCGCGUCAGCGUCAGCGGCUGCGGCACCAGUGGCAGUGGUGGUGCGCAUGGUCUGGCGUUGAUCGCCCAGCUGGCAGGUGCCACCCUUGUGAGCGAUGUACGGCAGGUGGGGCCCGAUACGGUGGUGCUGGGGGUGGCUUCGGAGCACCGCUGGGCGCGGCAGAACCUGCCGUCUGGUACACGUGUGUACGACAAGGAUGGGUUCGUACAGGCGCUGCUGCAUCAGAAGUUUGAUGGAGUUAAGCCGGUGUUUGUGGUUUGAGUAGGGGGUUGGGUGCAAUUGAAAUGAUCGCGGUUGGGUAGGAUGGGGGCGAUUUUGUGGCGUUGCUUGAUUUGUGGCGUUUUCUGGAUGCAUCAUGUACGUUGGAUGGCUUUCGUGAUCAGUUCUAGCAUGGCUUGCCUCAUAAUUGUCCUUUUUGUUGAGUGGAAAGUGCAACUGGUCUGUUGUCUUCUUGUCCCAAACCGAUGCCUGUCUGCAGGUGGAAGGGUUGUAUCCUAGCGUUAUUCGUUGAUGAAUAUUUGAGUGAACUGCACCACUGGAUUUGCCAUUGUUACAGCCGUGGCCCCAGGUGCAAAGAAGCGCCUUUCCUCGUCCCGGCGGGUCGCGACACAGUUGGAAUCAUGACUGUUUCCUCCUGUGUCCAUUUUGAGCACCUCCUGACCACCUCCUGACCACGAAGGAUGCGUGAUGUAGAUGCUUCCGCAUCCCUAGGACCUAUUUUGCUGCAGGGUUGCCCAUUUAGUUUGCAUGCGGUAUCGUGCGCGUUUGGCGGUCCUUAUAGAUUGUCCAGGUGCUUGAUGUUCGUCUUUGGAGUGCGCUACUAGGUAGAGAGCACGAGUUAUCGCGCAGGUUAUACUUUUAAGUGCAGGAAUAUGAAAGCUAUCUUUGAGGUGCUGAAAAGGUAAGGUGUUACUAGCAGGUUUGUAAUCAGGAC